AUGGACUCACCAACAGAUAACAGCCCCGGCGAGUUCGUCUUCUACCACUACGACCCUUCUCUUCCGGCAGCAUGCAUCUUCAUCGCCCUCUUCGGCAUUUCAUCCGCGCUGCACCUUUUUCAGAUGAUCAAACUGCGGGCCUGGUACUUUGUUCCAUUCUUGAUUGGCUGCUGCUUUGAAAUCGUGGGCUACAUAGGCCGUGCAUUAUCCGCAACAGAAACCCCGAACUGGUCGACGACCUCGUACACGAUCCAGAGCCUGACGCUCCUUCUCGGGCCCGCGCUCCUUGCUGCGUCUAUCUACAUGGUCCUGGGCCGUCUCAUUCGCUUCCUUGAGGCCGAGCACCUGGCUUUGAUCAGAACAAAGUGGUUGACCAAACUCUUCGUCUUAGGCGACGUGAUUUCUUUCGUGACGCAGGGCGCAGGCGGUGCAAUCCUGUCUAGAGCAAAAUCCCUAUCCGACGUCGACCUUGGGGAGAACAUCAUUAUCGCCGGCCUCGCAGUUCAAAUCCUCUUCUUCGGAGGCUUUAUCGUCGUCACCUGUCUCUUCCACUAUCGCAUCAACCAAAACCCCACUGAUCCCUGCAACUCUGCCUCCUUGCGCUGGAGACCGUUCCUCUGGAUUUUGUAUGGCGCAAGUCUUCUGAUCAUGAUCCGUUCGGUGUUCAGGGUUGCCGAGUACGUAACUGGUAGCAACGGAGCGCUGAUGGCAAGCGAGGUGUACAUUUACGUCUUCGAUGCGGCGCUGAUGUUCCUUGUUGCUGCCGUGUUUAAUGUGUUCCAUCCGGGUACCAUUAUACAGACAGAGAACAAGUUGACGGCCAUCUCAGAGAGUAGCGUGCCUCUUGAUUUGCAGACGUUUACUUAG